GUUUAUAAGCGUAGGUUCUGCAGGAAUUACCCGACCUGACAGGCCUGGACUUGAUCUAAGUAAACAGCCUCCUGCUGUUCGUUUAAACAAGGAAUUGGAUUUUAUCCUGACAUUCAAGUUGAAGGGGGAAUAUUUAAUACGGGAAAGUGGAAUACCAUAUACAAUUGUGAGGCCUUGUGCAUUAACUGAGGAGCCUGCCGGAGCAAAUCUCAUUUUUAACCAAGGAGACAAUAUAACGGUAGACACCUGGCAUGCACAGUUACAUCCUGACUGCACAGUUGGACUGUUAUCCAACGGCUACAUUUUCAAAUGGAAAAUAAUAAACUAUCUCAGCAGCUGCACUUAUAAACUAACAGUUGUGCCAUUUAGUGAGCCAUUUACAGUGGACCCUCAAAAUCCACCCCCUGAGAAGGACUACAACGUUUACUUUAAAACUUUGAAAGAUGGAAUUACAGGAAAAGAAAUCCUCGAACAAGAUCCUGUACCAGUGUAAUGUUUUGCAUACAUAGAGCUCUAAUUUCAACCUUAACUCUGUGUAUAUACUCGUAGCAGAUGAAAAGCAGAGGCUUCUACAGGAGCAUACAUAAGCGACCAAGAUUAUAAAGUUCUGUAGGACAAAUCUACAUGACUUAAA